AUGUUAAACACCCUAAUCACCCACUUAAUCAACCCCUUAGCCUACAUUGUACCAGUACUCCUAGCAGUAGCCUUCCUAACACUCAUUGAACGAAAAGUACUAGGAUAUAUGCAAUUACGAAAAGGACCAAACGUAGUAGGCCCUUACGGACUACUACAACCCAUUGCCGACGGACUAAAACUCUUUACCAAAGAGCCCGUCCGCCCAUCUACAUCAUCCCCAUUCCUAUUUUUAACCACCCCAGUACUUGCACUAACCCUAGCCAUAACCCUAUGAGCACCUAUACCCAUACCUCACCCAGUAACUGACCUAAACCUAGGAAUUCUGUUUAUCUUAGCCCUAUCAAGCCUUGCAGUAUACUCAAUUUUAGGGUCAGGUUGAGCCUCAAAUUCAAAAUACGCACUAAUUGGCGCUUUACGAGCCGUAGCUCAAACAAUUUCAUAUGAAGUCAGUCUCGGACUAAUUCUCCUGUCUGUAAUUAUUUUUUCAGGGGGGUACACCCUACAAACAUUCAACAUCACCCAAGAAAGUAUUUGACUACUUAUCCCCGCCUGGCCUUUAGCCGCGAUAUGAUAUAUCUCAACACUAGCCGAAACAAACCGAACACCAUUCGACCUAACAGAAGGAGAAUCAGAACUAGUGUCCGGUUUCAAUGUAGAAUACGCAGGGGGCCCCUUCGCACUAUUCUUCCUAGCCGAAUACGCCAACAUCCUUCUAAUAAAUACCCUAUCAGCUGUCCUAUUUUUAGGGGCCUCGCACAUUCCAAGCAUUCCAGAGCUCACAACAAUCAACCUUAUAAUUAAAGCCGCGUUACUGUCCAUUAUAUUCCUAUGAGUGCGGGCCUCAUACCCGCGAUUCCGAUACGAUCAACUAAUACACCUAGCAUGAAAAAACUUCCUUCCCCUUACACUAGCCUUCGUAUUAUGACACACCGCCCUACCGAUUGCACUAGCAGGACUCCCCCCACAACUAUAA